AUGUCUGCUGUUGUUCGCAAACCCGCUCCUAAUUUUACUGCUCGCGGUAUUGAAAACGGCAAAUUCAAAGAUAUUUCACUUCACGAUUAUAAAGGAAAAUUUGUUGUCUUUUUCUUUUAUCCAAUGGACUUUACACUUGUUUGUCCAACUGAGAUUAUCGCUUUUUCGGACCGUGUUGAUGAAUUCAAACAACGAAAUACGGAAGUGUUAGGUAUUUCUUGCGACAGUGAAGAAACUCAUCGAGCAUGGAUUAAUACUUCAAGAAAUGAAGGUGGUCUUGGAAAUUUAAAUAUUCCUCUCUUGUCCGAUAGAAAUCACAAAAUCUCUAAAGAAUAUGGUGUCCUCAUUGAGGAAGAAGGAUUUUCACUUAGGGGAUUGUUCAUCAUUGAUGAUAAAGGCAUUUUGCGUCAUAUCACUGUUAAUGAUCUUCCCAUAGGACGUAACGUUGAUGAAGUCCUUCGACUCGUCGAUGCCAUCCAAUUUACGGAUAAACAUGGCGAAUCAAUCAAACCCGGUCAAUCUAAAGAAUAUUUUUCUGAAGCUUACAAGAAAUAA